AUGUCCGUCUCAAACACCAUGACGGUCCUCCUGAUUGUUCUUGUUGUUGAUUUGUUUUGUUUCACCUCCAUUCUGCCACUGUUCCCCUCGAUUCUCGAAGAGUACAGCAAAAACAAAGAUAAUGUAAGCAUCUUUUACCUAUUAUAAAACUUCAACAUAGCAAACAGAGUUUGGAAUACUUGAUUAACCAAUAUUACUAUAGUAAAUGGUCCUAUUUUCCAGGAUUGGUUGUACAACAAGUUUGAGCAACACGCUUCGUUCCUCCAAUCCCUGAUCAACAUACCAGUGUCCUCAAGGUACAAUAAUGUAUUCUUCGCUGGGGUACUGGGUUCUAUCUUCAGCUUCUUACAGUAUCUGUCAUCACCGAUACUAGGAAGUCUGUCCGAUAGUUAUGGAAGGAAGACCAUUCUGUUGAUUUCAGUUAUAGGAUCUCUUGUUUCGUAUAUUGUAAGUUAAACGUAUCUUUCUAUUGACCAUAACAUGUAUGUAUAUACUAUUUAUAGUUUAAGAACAUAACAUACAGUGAUUUAAUGACAUAAUAUUUAGAUAUGGGCCUUCUCCACUAACUUUACCUUAUUCACGUUAUCUCGGAUUGUUGGAGGGUUAUCUAAAGCCAGUGUCUCAAUAGCCAUCACCAUCGUGACUGACAUCUGUAGCCCCGAAACUAGAGGCAAAGGCAUGGUAAGUCACUAUUUUAUUUGUUAGUACGUUUAGGCUUGUGUUGGAAUGUGUUUCUCGCUAGCCUUUAUGGCCGGGCCAAUGAUCGGAGCCUACUUCUCGAACAGUUUUGUUGGGGGUAACAUCAACUUCUACCCCGCCAUUUUCUCUGUCACCUUGACCAUAGUUGAAUUACUGCUGAUUUGGUUCUGCUUGCCAGAAACUAACAAUGUUACAGUACGUCUUUUUAAAAUACUGUAAUAUUAUAUGUUACAAUAACUAAAAAUAGCUGUUUUGAUACUUUGUUUUAACUUUUUAUGUUGUUUUAGACGAGAAAGGCAGUGGCCGGAAGUUGGGUUGAUUACAUAAAUCCUCGGUCUCUUAUUACGUUUAAAACCCUGGGGCCAAAAUUGUCAUCGGAGCUUGCUUUGUAUGGCAUUGUUUACUUUUUGUACUUAUUUAUUUACUCGGGAUGUGAGUUCACGAUCUCCUUCCUGACUCACCUCAGAUUCGGCUACACUAGUGCCAAUCAAGGCAAGAUGUACUUUGUUACUGGGGUUCUUAUGAUGGUAAUUCAAGGUAUGUUAUUGUUUUGAAACUUUGUGAAUCACUUAAUAGGCUUAUAAUUAGUGCUAUUUGCUUUAGGCGGAUUUGUUCGCCGAAUUCCGAAGGACAAACAAACUCAUGGAGCAAUGUUUGGCCUUCUGGCCAUUAUACCUACAUACAUAAUCAUGAGUUUUGCAUACAAUCAGGUCGUGUUUUACAUAUCACUGGUGUUGUAUGCUGUCGGUAAGUAAAGUUGUGAUAAUCAAUUACAAAAUAUUUGUAAAAUUUUAGUUUUGAUUUUAAAGGUUUUCUAUCAACGUUUAAUCAGCCAAUUCUUGUUUUAGCGUCAUCAGUGGUAGUUCCGUGCUUCACGUCUCUUGUAGCCAACAUAUGUUCAGAAGAACAAAAAGGCCUUUGCAUGGGCAUCUUCAGAAGCCUUGGAGCUUUAUCCAGAGCGUUUGGUCCUUUAAGCGGGUCAAUAUGUAAGCAUUUAAAGUAGUAUAGUAGACGCUGCAUACCUUUAUAAUAUACCUCUUACAGAUGACAUAAUACUGGUCGUUACGACUUUUAUGUUGUUCUUCCGUCCAUUUCUCAAGUCAAAACAAGUAUUCAAAUUUCAGUGUUUUGGCUUCUUGGCCCGACCGCCGCUUACUUUGUGAGCGGCGUUCUUUUGUGUGUACCGGCCGUUCUCUUUUACAAAACAAUCGUGAUUGGACAUAAGAAAGCCGUGUGA